GGGGGGGGGGAUGGUCAUUGCUACUUUGGGCCACUAGAGGGCAGCUGAACCCAAGCUUGCAAUUAUAGGGCAGGCAGUUUUCUCUAGGACCCUCAGAACGGAAGAGCGAGCUGGGGAAGAUGGGCAGUAGGAAUACCGAGAUGAACAAGACUCAUACCUUGCUUUCAAGGCCCUAACAUUCUGGCACGGAGCAAGAUAGAGGAGUUCUAGGCCUUCAAGAGGCCACAUGAAGGCAUCUGGUCCCUAUUUAAAAAGGCAACUUGAGGCCCAGAUGGGCAAGAGAUCUGCUAGAAGCUGCUAUUGAGUCACUGGCUGAAGAGAGGAGAGAAGCUAAGACCCCUGACUCCAGCUUGGGGUUUCUGCAUCUCAGAGAUAAUGCGAUCCAGUGGGGUGGGCAGUAAAAUCUGCCCCCACACACAACCUAUCCAGAAAGAGCUGUGCCAGCCCCUCCCCCAGCCUCCUCUGUUCUUCCGGGAACCAGGCUGGUCCUCAGGCCUCAAAGGCAGGGGAGAAGCGGGGAGAACUCCAGGCAGACCCCCUCCUCUACCCAACCUUCCAGCAGGUUGCCCUGGCAACCAGAGCACAGCCAAGUUUGAAAACUUAAAGCUGGAGGGGGAGAGGAUGGGUAAGAAGUGGGACAGUUCCUAGGUCCACAUAUCCGACAUUCAUUGAAUCAUUUUUUUCCCUUUCAUUCAUGUAUUCUACAGAAACUUAAGAGGCUAAUCCUUGCCAGGCCCUGGGGGAAGACCCAGAGAAGAAUAAAAUCCAGGUCCUUCAGAACUGUGCUGUCCAAUAUGAUAACCAUAAAUUAAAAUGAAAUAAACAUUCAGUUCCAUGGUCACUGUAGCCACAUGGUAAGUGCUCACCAGCUGCGUGUGGUCAGCGGCUAUCACAUUGGACAGCACAGAUAUAGAACAUUCCCAUUAUUGCAGAAAGUUCUAUUGGCCAGCGUGGCUCCAGAAGCUCGCUGGCUAAGGGGAGCAACACACAGGAAGAUGGGCCAGACCACACAGGAUGGUGUGGGCCACAAUGUCCUCAUCAGGAGAAAGCAGAGGAUGAGGCAAAGAGUGAAGGAGAUGCCGGAAGAAUGCUGAGUCUAGUUCUUGGCUCGGGGUCAGUUCUCAGACAAUGUCGGCUGUCACUGCCCUACAGUGACUGUAAGGAUUGUUUACAUCAUCUCUCUGAGCAGGCUGCAUGCUUCUUCCCAGCCCUGAUGUAGUGCUAGCACAUAGGGAAGGUGGAAGACCUGGAUGGACCACGACUUUGAGAUGCAGCCGCAUGUGGCCCCCGGCCCUGGAAACUCCUUCUCCCGUAGCCACCUGCUGGGCCGCCCAGCCCGCCCCUCGAAGCUCCCCGGUGGGGUGUCGCCUCUCACCCCUGUUCUCAGGAAGACCUUCCAUCUGGAUGCUUUUCCCCCGAGCCACAUCCCGCAGGCUUCCAGCCGGUCGGGCCUCGGGGUGAGGGCCUGGAGCAUGUCCUCCCAGGAGACUGGCAAGAGCCUGGCAUCCAGGAAGUUCAGCUCCAUCUCCUUAACAGUCCAUCCGCACAGACAGGCACGGCCCCUGGGCCCCCUACCUUCUCACUGGGAAGAGCUGUCCAGCCCGGGCAAGGAGGCGGCCACCCAUGGAGGAGGGAGGCUGCCCACAGUUGGUUCUUCAUCGGUGACCCUAGUGCCAGGGGACAGGGUCCACUCUGAGGGCCCAGGGAACCCAGGUAUGGCCAAACCCAGCAGGAUGCCCACAGUGGAGAAGCCCCUGGUGAGUUCAUACCUGACCCUACCGUUCCAGUCCCGCUUAGCUCCGAGUCCACCAGGUCCUGCGGGGCCGGGCUCAGUGGGUCCGAAGCACCCUGUCCCAGUGACUGCACACGUGCCUGCCAGAGCUUCUCCAGGAAGAGGCAAGCCCCGGUGCAGAGGUAUUCCAAGACCCCGGCUGCAUCUCCAAAGGGCCUCCCCUACCUCGGGGCCCACAAUGGCCAUGGACUUGGCUGCUCUGGAUAAGAGGCCAGGCACAGCCAGCCGUUUAUCCACAAGGGCCACCAACAGACCCGGCUUGACUGUCAACUUGGCUACACCAAAUCCAUCCAGACUGGACACAGGCAUUGAGUCCGCUGAUCUGGAUACCAAUCUGGGCUCUGCUAUGGAUGUGGCUACAGCAGGCACAACCAAGCCCGGAGGGGGCAUGGACUCGGUAACCCCAGACCCAGACAAGGUGGGCAAAGCCAUAGCUACAGCAGGCACAGCCAAGCCAGAAGCAACCACAGGGGGUGCAGCCAUGGAACGGGCAGCCCCAGAUCCAGUCAAGCUGGGCACAGCCAGGCCGGACACAGUCAUGCUGGCGAAUACAGCCACGCUGGGCGUGACUACGAAUUCUCCAGCUCUGGAUACAAGCAGGUUGGUCAUAGCCAUGGGUCCAGCUGUGCCAGUCACCCCAGACCUGGCCGCUGGCGAGACCACACUGGACAGUGUCAUUAACCUGAUGACACCAGACGUUGCCACCCACGCAUCAAUGCUGAGCCAAAGCACAGACACAGUCCUGGGCCACCCUACAGCAGAUGCUGCCACGGACUGGGCCACAGAGCUGGACCGGGCCAGAGAAACCAAAGGGCUCCCGGAGACCAGGACGGACGCAGCCAUGUCAGAGCUGGUGCCUGAGCCCAGGCCUAAGCCGGCAGUGCCCAUGAAGCCCAUUGGCAUCAACCCCAACCUGCUGGGCUACAUCGGCAUCGACACCAUCAUCGAACAGAUGCGCAAGAAGACCAUGAAAACUGGUUUUGACUUCAACAUCAUGGUGGUCGGUCAGAGUGGGCUGGGCAAGUCAACACUGGUCAACACCCUCUUCAAAUCCCAAGUGAGCCGCAAGGCCUCCAGCUGGAACCGGGAGGAGAAGAUUCCCAAGACGGUGGAGAUCAAAGCUAUUGGGCAUGUGAUCGAGGAAGGUGGUGUCAAGAUGAAGCUGACUGUCAUCGACACCCCGGGCUUUGGAGACCAGAUCAACAAUGAAAACUGCUGGGAGCCCAUUGAGAAGUACAUCAAUGAGCAGUAUGAGAAGUUCCUGAAGGAGGAGGUGAACAUCGCCAGGAAGAAACGCAUCCCUGACACUCGCGUCCACUGCUGCCUCUACUUCAUCUCCCCGACCGGACACUCCUUGCGACCUCUCGACCUGGAGUUCAUGAAACACCUCAGCAAAGUUGUGAACAUCAUCCCCGUCAUUGCUAAGGCUGACACCAUGACCCUGGAGGAGAAGUCUGAAUUCAAGCAAAGGGUUCGAAAGGAGCUUGAAGUGAAUGGCAUUGAAUUCUAUCCCCAGAAGGAAUUUGAUGAGGAUUUGGAGGACAAGACAGAGAAUGACAAAAUCCGGCAGGAGAGCAUGCCUUUCGCUGUGGUGGGAAGUGACAAGGAGUACCAAGUGAAUGGCAAGCGGGUCCUCGGCAGAAAAACUCCCUGGGGCAUCAUUGAAGUGGAAAACCUCAACCACUGUGAGUUUGCCCUGCUUCGAGACUUUGUCAUCAGGACCCACCUCCAGGACCUCAAGGAAGUAACACACAACAUCCACUACGAGACCUACAGGGCCAAGCGUCUUAAUGACAACGGAGGCCUCCCUCCGGGAGAAGGCCUCCUGGGCACUGUCCUUCCACCCGUGCCAGCCACCCCCUGCCCCACUGCCGAAUGAAGGCCAUUCCAAGCACCGCUCCUCCCUCCAUUCCUCAGCUCUUCUGGCUGCAGGGCCAUGCGCUCUUUAGUGCUGUGCGUGUCUGGCCCACCACCACAGCCCCUCUCAGCCCUCAGCAGAUGGGAGGGGCCAGCUGCCUCUUUAGGACAGUCGCUGCUUCCAUUUAUCCACACCACCCCUCUCCUCCCAGUUGGAAUGGAGUUCCUGCCAGCAUUGCCCUCCUCCAUCGUCUGUGUCAGCCGGUCCUAGCCCAUCCAUAGGGUGAAAGAACUCACCAAGAGCUUCUUCUGCCCUUGCAAACCCAUAUCAGCUACUUGUAACCAUCUCCAAGGGAUAUGGCGUUGCUCCCUGUCCAUUCAUCUGCAUGAGCUGCUCUUGACUUCCUUAAAGGGUCAAGAAGGCAACUUUUCUGCUUGUCGGAUUUGUUGACGUCAGCUGUGUGAGCCCCAACGUGGGACAAGGGUGUCUCCUUCAUUGCUUAAAGCUUAUUUGUAAGGAUGGGUCACUCCAGAUGUGGGGGAGCAAGGGCUAGGAUCACUUUAAAAAAAAAAAAAUCACUGCUGGUGACUGGCCCAGAGUGCAGCCACACACCCUCCCUACCCCAUAUAGCAGCCAUUUAGGAAUGGUGGUUUUCCUGAAGCGACAUUCCUGGAGUUGACUUCCUUAUCCUUAGAUUUUUAAUAAGAACUAAACACACAUACCGAAUUCCAGAAGCUCACGAAAUGUGAACUCUAGGAAGGAAAAAAGCACCCUUCUGUCCACUUAGCAAUAAGAGGGAAUCUUUUCCCACCUACCCUUGCUACUCCUACACCCCACCCCUCCCCUACUCCAUUAAUGUGAGUAAUGAAUUAGCCUGGCCACAGUCGGUUACUGCAGGCUAGUGGAAAAUCCCCAGUGGAGGGCAAAGCCCUCCCAUCAGAUGCAUGAAUGUUUGCGAAUGUCGGCUGCCACUGCCCACCCCUGCACUGAGUCUUUAUGGACUAACCCUUGCCCACUGCCCAACCACUUCCACCUGGACACAACUUGCUCAAAGGCUGGUGACUUGUGGGCCAUUCAUCUACAACCAGGUCCUGAUGGAGCAAGAGGCCCAAGCCUAGGGGAUGCAAGAACGACCCAUUUCUUAAAUGUUACCAGUCCCAGCCAACCUUUUGGUGACAUUACAGUUAAUUUUCCCAAUUGAAAGUAAGCCAACAGACACUCAAACUGGUUGUGUAAAUGUUGCUAGACUUUAUGUGUUGUACAACUAAACAUUGCUCUUUAAACAAUAA